CAUCUGUACUGCUGUGGUGUCAGGAACUGGGCAGAGAAGUGGAGGCGAAGGAAGAACAGUCAGAAACAGCCAUUGCGCUCCUCUUGGAUAUGUAUUUAAUCACCAGGUUAUGACUACAGGGAGUGAUCAGUGAGAUCCGCGGUGUUUUCAACGUCCUGGAUGCCUGCUGUUCUUUGAUAUGGCUAAGUUCUGCUGGAUCUGAUCGUCGAAGUUUUGGCCGAAGAAGUUCUGACAAUAGACCUUGUAUCGGUGCUGUCUUCCUGCUCUGACACAUCUUCACCCAGCAAAGGCAGAGGUCAUGGUGUCUUGGAUCAUUUCCAGAAGCGUCGUACUCCUGUUUGGGACAUUGUAUCCUGCAUAUUACUCCUAUAAAGCUGUCAAGACCAAAAAUGUUAAGGAAUAUGUGCGCUGGAUGAUGUACUGGAUUGUAUUUGCUUUGUAUACAGUCGUGGAGACAAUCACUGACCUGACUGUAGCUUGGUUCCCUCUGUACUAUGAGCUGAAGAUGGCCUUUGUGAUCUGGCUGCUGUCGCCUUACACCAGAGGAGCAAGUCUCAUUUACAGGAAGUGUCUGCACCCCCUGCUGUCCUCCAGAGAGAGAGAAAUAGAUGAAUAUAUCGUGCAGGCCAAAGAGAGAAGCUAUGAGACCAUGGUGAACUUUGGGAAGCAGGGAUUAAGUAUUGCGGCUACCGCUGCUGUCUCUGCUGCUGUCAAGGGUCAGGGAGCCAUAACAGAGAAGCUGCGCAGCCUGAGCAUGCAUGACCUGACGCAGAUCGGCCAGCAGGACGACAGAGGAAACCAGCUGUACCCGUACAACCCCCACUCAGCUAACCCGGCCUCCAGGAGGUCCCAGAACAUCGACCCGGCCUCCAGAGAUGAGUACUACUAUGAGCAGGAGGAUGGGUCUGAUGAAGAGGCCGAGCCAACGUUCUCUGAAGAUGAGGCCGUCAGUCAGAAAGGACUGAGACGUUCCCAGAGCGUCAAGAUCACAAGAUCCAGAGUCCGCAAAGACCAGCUUCGUUAUGGAUCACUGAAGAUCAAAGGCAAGAAGAGGCCGGCGCUGAGCUCCGUUAACUACGGCGCGUCAUGAGACCCUGCAGAGCUGCCUGCUGAUUGGUGGAUGAUGCUGUCAUCUUGUUUUCCCACUCUGACGUUUCCCUCUGCUGGACUCUGUGAUGACCAAUCUGCUGACAUAUUUAUUACCUGCAACUCAGAGUGUUUCCCCUCAGAGCGUUGUCCAGGGGUAUUAUGGUCUGUCUGUCGUCUCUCACUGGGACUGAUGGGUUUUUACUGUAUAGGAGUGGGAAAUAUUUUGUCUUUUAUUUUUUAGACACAUUCCUCAUCAUCUGCUCUUUCAUUUAAUAUGAAUAACGUGGUACCACUGUGGCUUGGGGAUUUCAAAUGUUGCUAAUAGCUUUAGUAUUAAUUUUAUGCUUCUGCUUUCCAAAAUAGCUGACUCCAUAAUCAGAAUAAAAUAUUAUUUUCAUCAACUGAAAUGUUCUUCUGGUUGAUGGACCUCCUCACGUCUGACUUGUUGGUUUGAACUCAUGUGGACCAUUUUCUGUUUCUCUAUGUUGGAUCAAUUAAAGUGCUGUUUUCGAACCAUUGCUUGAAGCAAAACGAUGCUUUUAGCCUCAGUGUAGUCAUGAGGAGCAUUUCUGACUGUGCUGCUGCUUUCAGCUGCUUUUCCUCUGUUAGACGUGGCAGCAGCUGAGUCAUGUCUCAGAACAGGAAGGGGGAACAUGCUGGCCCUGGAUGGACAGGAAGCCAGGCCUGUUGGAGUGUUCCCAACACUUUCAUUCUGUCAAAAAGGGGAAUUCGCUAGUUUUUCUGACUUUCACUGAUCUACCCGGAGAAGAUCAUGGUUGUAAAUUUCAAGCUUUAAUUAUUCUGAGUGUUAUUGGUUUGCUUUUUUAUGACUUUUUUGUGAUUUAUAUGCUUUUUAUUGUAACAGCAUAAUUUGCACAUGCAUAUCCUCCCAUUAUUUUAUAUGUGCUGAUGUUUUUCAUCUCUGAUCUAGUUUUCUGUGUGGAGACAGACCAAACCAUGUUAGCCGCAGCACUGCUGCUUCCUGUGGAGCUCAGCAUUUCUCUGAGCCAGUGUUUUUUAAACAUCCUAAUGAACAACCUGCAAAUGUGCAGCAGCACACGCUCACGUGUUGAUGUCCAUUUAAUGCUCAUACCUGACUAAACCAAAGGCCGAUGUGCCCACCACGGCUGUGUGGACACAGUUUUUAAAAUGUUUUGAUGAGUUUGAUGAAAAUACACUAAAAUAAAAUCUGCCUGUCAAUAUAAAGGCAAAAAAAAUGUGGCUUUUAUUGUCUUUUAUGCUCUAAAGACAUUGUUGUUUCUUUGUUUCUCCCAUCACCCAAAAUCACUGCAAUAAAAGCAUCCAUUCAGGACUUCUAAA